AUGAUGAUGCGAGGAGUGGUGAGCCAUCCUCGACGACGUCUUCUUCUGAAUCCAAUCGCCACGUCAUCGUUGGCUAGAAUUUCAAGUACUACAGUAGUCCGCGGACAGCUACAGUAUGAUAAUCGUCAGCAUUUGAGUACACUGAGCAAUAGAAGAGCCGGAUUACUCCAAAAACGGCCUACAGUAGUCAAUUUGCGUGCCGAACGGGCGUUCAUCGGAAUCGCAGCCAGUGCGGCGAAGCAUUUGUUGAAGUUACGGUAUUUCGUGGCGACCGGAGUGAUUGGAGGCAGUGUGGCGGCGAGAACAUGGUACGAAGAAUGGAAAUCGAAUCUACCGGACCUGACACUUCCCGCAUGGUUCGACGCCAACGGGACGUGGAACGAGUUCUCGACACGAAUCAAGGGCAUCAAGGAGGGAUUCGGAGGAGGACUAGACGGAAAUGGACAAUGGGCGGCCGAGUGGAUGGCCAAGUUUGAGCAGUUUAAACGGCAGAAAAAUGAGGAGAAUGGAGAGAAUGGAGGAGGAGAAGGAGGAGGAGAAACGCCUGGAAAAGAACCGCUGCUCGUUGCCUCCCUAAUGUCGGCGUUCGGCUCCAAAAAAGACGAAAACGAUGAAAAAGAUAAAAAAGACGCGAAAUCAGCUGAGGAACGAAUUCAGAAGCUCCAAGAGGAGAUGUUAAAGACACAAUCUCAAUAUCAACGAGAGCUGGAACGGCUGGAAAAGGAGAAUAAAGUGUUGAAGCAGAGAUUACUGUUAUCAGAUGAUAAGGCGGCGACCAGGUUGAAAAGACUCAAGAGAUCCCUGAUCGAUAUGUACAGUGAGGUGUUGGACCUGCUCAACGAGUACGACUCAUCGUACAACACAUCCGACAAUUUGCCACGUGUCGUCGUUGUGGGAGAUCAGAGUGCAGGAAAGACGUCCGUCCUGGAAAUGGUCGCUCAGGCGCGCAUUUUUCCACGUGGCAGUGGAGAAAUGAUGACGAGGGCGCCGGUCAAGGUAACCCUCUCGGAAGGACCGUACCACGUUGCGCAAUUCCGUGAUUCGUCUCGAGAGUUCGAUUUAACCAAAGAAUCGGAUCUCCAGCAGCUCCGGAACGAGACAGAAGUGCGUAUGAGAAAUUCGGUUAGAGAUGGAAAAACCGUAUCCAAUGAAGUGAUUUCGCUUACUGUAAAAGGACCCAAUUUGCCACGUAUGGUACUUGUCGAUCUGCCAGGUGUCAUCUCUACAGUAACCGCCGAUAUGGCUCGGGAGACGAAAGACGAUAUUAUUAGGAUGAGCAAGGCGCACAUGGAGAACCCCAAUGCCAUUAUUUUGUGCAUUCAGGAUGGAUCCGUCGACGCGGAACGAAGCAACGUCACCGACCUCGUCUCGUCCAUCGAUCCAUCAGGAAAACGUACAAUCCUAGUGCUAACCAAGGUGGACAUGGCUGAAAAGAACCUAGCGAAUCCGGAUCGAAUUAAGAAGAUUCUAGAAGGCAAACUGUUCCCGAUGAAGGCCCUAGGCUAUUUUGGCGUUGUCACGGGGCGAGGAAACUCAUCGGAUUCUAUCGAUGAGAUUCGGAAAUACGAGGAGACGUUUUUCAAUUCCAGCCAACUCCUCAGAGACGGCGUUCUGAAGCCGUCCCAAAUGACAACGAGGAAUAUGUCACUGGCGGUGUCGGACUGCUUCUGGCGCAUGGUUCGCGACUCGAUUGAAUCUCAAACUGACGCCUUCAGAGCGGCCAAAUUCAAUUUGGAAGCCGAGUGGAAGAAUCAUUUUCUGAGAAUUCGACAGUUGAAUCGAGACGAGUUGUAUGAUAAGGCGAGAGGAGAGAUUCUGGAUGAGAUUGUCAAUUUAUCACUGAUUAGUGUCGAGGAGUGGGAGAAGCUGUUGCAGGAAAAACUGUGGUCCGGCAUCUCGUCGCACGUCUUCGAUCAGAUCCUCAUGCCCGCCUACGCAUCGUCGAGUUCUGGAUCGUUCAACACUACGGUAGACAUCAAGCUGAAGCAUUUCGCCGAUAAACAGUUGGCUCAAAAGAGCAUCGAAACCGGAUGGGACACGUUGAAAGAGGUGUUCUUUAGGCAGAUUAAUCAGGACGCAAGGACCCGGAAGGAUCAUGACCCGGUGUUUGAUCCGUUGAAGGAAGCCGUCAUCGAAGAAGCGAUGCUAACCCACGGUUGGGACGACAAAGCGAUGGACUAUCUUCGUGUCAUUCAGUUGAACGCAAUGGAGGACCGUGCCGUGCAGGACAAACGAUCGUGGGACUCGGCGUGCAACUUUCUGCACAAAGCCGCCUCGGAAAGGCUGGCCAGUGUCAAGAAACAGUUGACCGAGGACCGUGGACCAGGAUGGGCAUCGAAAUGGCUAAUGUGGAAGACGCCAACCGUCGACAAUCACUACUCGUGUGUGAUCCAAGACGAGCUCUACAGUAUCCUCCAAGCGGACCCGGAGCACAAACAAGCACUGACCGACGACGAUAUUACAGUAAUCCGGCGAAAUAUCGAGGUGAAAGGCGUGCCAGACGUGCCAACAGAGACGAUACGGAAACAGUGGAAGUUGGUGUUCAAAAAGCACUUUUUGGAGAGAAUCAUCAAUAGCUCCAAAGACUGUCUCUCAAUGUAUCAAAUGUAUCGUCAAGGAAUGAUCGAAGGACAGGAUAUCGAUUGCCAGACGAUCGUCCUGUUCUACCGUAUCCAGAAAAUGGUGAAUUUGACGUGCAACGCGCUCAGGCAGCAGAUCACGAACACCGAGCACCGGCGGCUGGAAAAAGAGAUCAAAGAGGUUCUGGACGAUUGGUCCCAAGAAGCGGAGAUCAAGAAAAAAUAUUUGACGGGACGUCGAGUGGAGUUAGCUGAAGAGAUUCAACAAGUCCGUCGAAUUCAGGAGAAACUGGAGGAGUUCAUGGCACAGCUGCAACGGGAGAAAGUCUGA